AUGAAGAUCCAAGGGCGCACGUUUGUCGUGUCGGGCGGCGCCUCGGGCCUGGGGCGGGCGUGCGUGCUGGACAUUUGCAGCCGCGGCGGCAGCGCGGCUAUCCUCGACAUGAAUGAGGAGCUGGGCCGCGCCCUCGCCGCGCAGCUCGGCGGCUCUGCGCGCUUCUUCGCCUGCGACGUCGCCGACACGGCCAGCAUCGCCGCCGCCGUGCAGGACCUCGCCGGCUGGGUAAUGCAGACCGGGAAGCAGCUCGGCGGCAUCAUCCCGGCGGCUGGCGUCGGCCGCCCAGGCCUGGUCCUCGACAAGAGGGGCGCCCCGCUGGCUAUCGAGGCCAUCGACUUUGUCAUCAACAUCAACCUGCGCGGCACGCUGGAUCUCGUACGGCAGGUGCUUCCCCAGCUGGCUGCCGCGCCGCCCGACGGCCCCGACGGCGAGCGCGGCGUCGUGGUCAUGGUCGCCAGCUCGGCCGCGUUCGAAGGGCAGAUGGGGCAGGUCGCGUACGCAGCGAGCAAGGGCGCUGUGGCGGCCAUGACGCUGCCCAUGGCGCGGGACCUGUCGCGGUUUGGGAUCCGCGUCGCCACCAUCGCGCCGAGCAUGUUCGACUCGGCCAUGACGGCCGCCAUGUCCGACAAGGUGAAGAAGGGGCUGGAGAAGGCCAUGGAGUUUCCCGUGCGCGCCGGCAAGCCCGACGAGUUUGCGUCGCUGGUGAGGCAGAUUAUCGAAAACGUCAUGCUGAACGGCGUCGUGAUUCGGCUCGACGGCGCCACGAGAAUGCCGAGCAAGCUGUAG